AGCCUGCAAGCGGCUCAAGGUCUGCAGACGGCUCAGAGUCCUGCGGCAACGGGCGGCGCAGGCGUGCAGCAGGCGGCAGGAGCGACACAAGGCGCGCUGGUGCCGCCGCAGCAGCCUUCGCCGCGAGCCGCAUCACCCCAGCACAAGAAUAUGGAGCUGGCGCUUUGUCAAAGUAUGGACUCCGUUAAUACCGCCACCACUGAGGAAGAGGUCCGAACAUUGUUCGUGAGUGGGUUACCAAUGGACGCAAAGCCUCGGGAAUUAUAUUUACUGUUUCGAGCAUAUGAGGGUUAUGAAGGUUCGCUGUUAAAGGUUACUAGCAAGAAUGGAAAAACAGCGUCGCCUGUCGGGUUCGUCACGUUCCACACUCGAGCUGGUGCAGAAGCAGCUAAACAAGACCUUCAGCAGGGCGUCCGAUUCGACCCCGACAUGCCGCAAACGAUUCGGCUGGAGUUCGCUAAAAGCAACACGAAGGUCAGCAAGCCGAAGCCGGCAGUUGCCACCGCCGCGCCAGCUACACACCCCGCAUUGAUGCACCCACUCACUGGACACUUAGCGAGUCCAUUCUUCCCUGGUGGGGGAGCAGAGCUGUGGCAUCACCCGCUAGCGUACGGAGGGGAAUUGCCGGCACUGUCCCACGGGUUGGUGCAUCCUGCUAUCCACCCGCAGAUGGCGCCCCAUUCUCUCCCAACCCCCCUGACGCUGGGCGCUUGCGUUCUACCAGCACCGGCGUUAGGAUCUCCGGGCGCGGCAGUGCCCGCGCAUGCGCCGGCGCCGACGGCGCACCCCGCGCAUCCUGCGCCUCCCUGCUCUACGCUGUUCGUUGCCAAUCUUGGCCAGUUUGUGUCAGAACACGAACUUAAAGAAAUAUUCAGCAGUUGCCCCGGUUUCUCGCGCCUGCGACUCCUGACCGGCGGCAACGGCGGCAGCUCGGGCCCGGUGGCCUUCGUCGACUUCGCUAGCCCCACCGACGCCGGCGCUGCCAUGGCCCGCCUGCAAGGGGCGCUCCUCCUCAGCUCCGAGGGCGCCAUCCAUCUCGAAUACGCAAGGCAUAAGAUGGCACACAACGGCUGGAUUCUCUCACAUGAAGGAGCCAAAGGCGGAGAAGAGGGCGAACAACAUUAGUUCGUUCGUGGCUCUCGGCACUUGACAACCAGCUAACUGAGGGACGCGCAAUCUUGAUCCUCUGAAUCGCAUCGGAACCACUACUGGGGAUGGAGCUAACAACACCUACAGCGUAUGCUCACAUUUCUACUAAAAUCGGAUCAAGAUAUUUGGGUUUGAGAUAUCUAACCCACUAAAGAGUGUACUUUUUUUAAAUGAAAGCUCUAUCUCCUCAUUAAUUUUGUUUUCCGUUCAGUCAAACGGCGUCAGAGGUGUGGUGUGUUUUUCUUUUAUACCAAAUUUAGCAAUUGUUGAUUGUAUUAUUAUUAACAUUCCAGUUUUAUUGUUUACCGUUCAUAAUUAUAAAAGUAAUAUAAUUUGAAAUUAUUCUCUUGUAAACGUAAUCUACGUAUUUAUUUAAUAUUAUUAUUAUUAUUCAUUUAUUUUGUAACAUAAGAUUUAUUUACAACUAACUUAUUGUAUGAGAAAGUUUUAUAUUUGUUUCUACAAGGCCGAUGUAUACAAUUGAGAGGAUUUGUUAUGAAUAUAGCGUAUAACCAGAAAUUAAACAUUUUAGGAUAUAUCUCAUUCGAAUAAGCUAAAAACCAAAGGUGCCCUUCAUAGAAAGAUUACGUUUUGUUAAAUAAUAUUUCAAGUUAAAUGAUUUUAAAUAAAGUUGUAUGUAAUAAUUACGAUACUUUUGUUUUAGCCUCAAUAAUGUUAGCGUAUUUAAAUGAAUUUCAUGACUAUUUCAAAUUAUAUUUACCUAAUACUUUCUUAGUAAUUUUUAUAAUGUUCAAUCACUCGUUAAAGUGCUAGCACUCUAGUGUUGGUCUUAUACUAUCCUUUCUAUCUGUAAAUGGAAUUAUUGCAAUAAUUAUAUAAAGAUUUUACUGACUUUGACGCGAAAGGACGGGGUCGCCCCUCGGUGCGCUUGCUGUGGAGUGCAAUGCAUCACUGAACUAUCGCUCACUCGCAUCGUAUCCUUACCAGUUCGUCCCAUCCCAUCUCGUGGAUCCUCACCCGUGAUCCAUGACACCCUCGCCCUCCCAUCUUAAACCUUUGUUUGGAAUACACCAAAAUUUCUUGUGCCUUGCGGAAUUACGAUUCAAACGAAAUUUUCUUGAUUACAUUUUCAAUUUGUCAGAGCUCCUAGACGAAGUUCGUUGUCAAACUUUACUGAUCCCGUUAUUUCUGCGAUUAGUAUGCGAUGCGACACAAUCGAGAUAAGUUCAGUCUUGUUGCGAGAAUUUAGCCUUGGCCUUAUGAGAGUUAAAUAAUUAAAUGUAAUCAUUAUAUUAAUUAAUAGUAAUAACGUGGCGUCGUACACGCCAUUGCUGAAUAGUGAAACAAUUACUCUACUAUCUGCAUGCUUCGACGAGCUUUUUGGUAAUAAUCUAAUUUAAAAUUUAAUAAUUAUACUUUUAUUGUGUAAUCGUUAGGACGAUAAAACUAGAUAAGGGUAUUUAUUGUAGAGAAUCAGCAUAGUUACAUUACUAUUUAAUGAAAGUUAUUCAUACAUAAUAAUGAAACAAUGUAAUGAAAUUUAAAUUUACUGAAAUGUUAGGAUUAAUCAAAUGGAAGAUUAAUAUAUUUUUUAUUUUUAGCUAGUUGACUGUCGCAUACAGAUUGACUAUUGCGUUACUUGAUGUUUGACAAAAACACAGUAACGACAUAAGUACACAUCAGUGCGAAAUAGCAAUAAACCAAAAAUGAAUAGUAAUCUAAUCUAAUAGGUAUCUAGUAACGUAUUCUGCUGAUGUAAACAUGUAAAAAUUAUACAAAAAAAAAGUAAAAAAAAAUAUCCCUGCUUAGGCUAUAAUAAAUAAGGUUUUGGAUAUUUGGGUUAAAAUCUUGACGCGACAGAUGUCUAUGAGGUAUUCAAGCGACUGGCGGCGCCCAACGCACGCCGGCGCUGGCCGGAGAUUCCGCAUGUGAAUUCUUAUGAAAAUCUCUUAGUCAAUAUUAAAUAGAAAUUUCGUCAAUUUUUGACUUAGCAAAAUUUUAUACGUUGUUUAUAGUGACUAUAACUUCACAAUGUACCGACGUCGUGGCGUAUAGACCAAAGAUAAAGGAUAUAACUACAUAAUGUUUAAUACUAACCUCAGACCGUACCAAACUAUAUUUUGUAGGCAAACUUGUACUACUUACUGGCAAUAACUUUUUCAUAAGUUAUAUUUCUUCUUAGCUCGUGGUCCAUAUGACGAUGAUGGCAUUAUUUUUAUCGCAUACUAAAGUUAAUGUCGAUGCCUAUAUAUAAUACGGGUCACAUCAGGCUAUAGCAACAAUAAAACUUUUUUAAUUCUUUUUCUAUUGUUACCUACCAUUGCUAUUAUCAUAAUCAAUAAUUAUUUGUAUAUUUUAAAAGUUUGUUAAGUUGGUGUCUCGAAAAAUGGGAUUUAUACAAUUAUCAAGUGACACAAAGGAGUGUCGCUUAGAUUAAAUGUCAGAUUCUCUUAUAUAUGCGUAAUUCAUUGUCUGUUUUAAUAAUUAAGCUAAGUCAAUGUUUACUUAUUUAAUUCGAUAUAAUGCUAAUUCGUAUGUAAGUAAUUAUUGUGUAAUAACGUAGUAGUGAUCUCCCAUACCUUCGGCGUACGGCGUCCUUGUUCGCGGACUAAAAAUACAACGAAAAGUUUAUGUUUUUCUUUUCAGUUGUCACGCUUUGGGUCUAUCGAUGACUUUAAUAAAAUAGUAAUAAAGCUCUCUUUUGACAAGUAUUUCGAGUAUAAUAAAUGUACUAUAAUUUAUCUUAAAGCCAUCGAUUGAUUUAAAAAUUUUGGUUUGUACGCAUAAUUCCAUCCGCCAUUUUCAUGACACAAAUUAUGCGAUAAAAUGGCGCUCGUUAUUAGAUAGCGGAUGGAGUAUGCUGGAAGCGUAAGGGACGUCUACGCCGCCAUGAUUCCGUCCAACAACCGUAGAUAGCGAGUAAGAGACGUCCAGUGGCUGCGGACACGGCUACGUCACCUUUUGCGGGACUACUCGAUACAUAUCAUCGUGUAAUAUUAAUGUGUAAUUAGGAAUAAAGAGCGGUUUCAUAGAGACGUUUAUUCUGUAUUCUCGUCUACUACUUGUAAUGCAAUCGGCUAUAUGUCACGCUAAAUCCAAAUUAUAUUUAUGUUACCGGAACAUUUGCUUGAAUUUGUGUAUUUUAAUCUAAAACAAUUUCCACAUACUUCUCGUUUUUAAUAUCAAAACAGCCACGAAUAGUAGAUAUUUUCUUAACGUUUACUGUGAAAUCGAGAGAUGGUGUUUGGAUUGUCGUGGUAGCAAGACGCGUGACAUUGGCCCGCAUGUGAUAGGGUAGAGUAGGGGUGUAGCAUCGCCUUGCAAGUUAGGUUUAAGUGAAGCGGUAUCACACAAACGCCGUGCAUCGGAAACAUAUCAAUUCUGUGCCCCUUAAUAAAUUUAGUUAAAUACUAUUCUAAGAGAUACAUAUGAAUAGAAUAAAGAAACAAAAUAAUCGUUUGGAGUAUCAAAUACAUACUAAGUGUUGUUUUCGUACGUUGAUGAAAUAAUGUCGGUUAGAUUGUAUUAUGAAAUGUGGAUCAUUUACCUUUGCAUAGUACCCGAGUAGUGUCGCGCAAGUUCGUUUUUAUUUACUAAUGGCUGUAGAAUUUAAACAUUAUUAUUUUUAUUGUUAUUAUUUUAGACUAAUAAAUCAAUAUGGCUUAUUUACCAAAUUAAUUUUAACAGUCCGCUUUGGAUUCAGUAUUAAUGUAAUUGUUUCAUUUCGGUGACAAUUUAGCGCAUCACCGAAACUUAUUUGUAUAUCGAGCAAAUAAACCAUACAAACUAUAUAGAUAGUAAUUAAUUGUUAGAUUUGUGUGACUUGGAUUAUUUAAAUGCUUUUAGAGCAGAGGUAAAGUGUUAUUGUGGUUUAAGAAAAACAUAAUGACAUUGUAAAAAUAGUGAUAAAUUUAGCUUAAUUAUCAUUAUUACAACUUUUAUAGAUGUUCAUUAAUUUCUUUUCUUACUUCAUGGAGUAUUGUGGCAUUGGAGACGUCAUUGUUAAUUCAAAUAAAUUUGAGCUCAUCCUCAAUCGAAGUUUUUAUUCAACUGACAACCCUGUUUUUAAGUCGCAGAAUAGAAGCGUAGUUGCCAAGUCUCCAACAAAACUGUCGAUAGGUCUAUAAUAUACUUCUAUUCUACAUAUGGCAAAUAUACACAAACUUAGUUUUGGUUUGACAGAUUUAUGCCUCUAAAUAAUUUAUCAUACAACUUGUUGUUUCUCGCAAUUCACUCAAUAUGUUUCGUAUUUUCUGUCAAUGAUCUUGUAAUAUUCAAAAUUUAGUACUAAAAUUUAUAGGUGUGUCUAGUUUAGGAUAACUGAAAUUAGAUAUAAAUGACGGUUGAGCUUUUAGAACAUUGCUUUGUAGAUUUAUCUGCUUUCAUGCGUCCUCUUGUAAAACGAAUUUGCUAACUUUGAAUAAUUAAUUAUUGUAUUUAUAUUGAUGUCUCAAAUGAAUUGGUUUUACAUAGACGACGUAAUAUAUCUCUAUCAGUGAAAUGGCUAUGAAGUCUCCUAAUUUUGAAUAAUUAACUUAUGGCAGUGUUGUAUUUAUGUUAUUAUUAGUUUUAAAGCAUUAUAGGGUCCAAAGAUUGGGAAUAAACAUAUGUGACAAAUUAA